AUGAGCUUAGUCAACGCCAGUCAAUCAGAGAUCCAGCCGCCUCCAUUGCUAAAGAUGAUUAGCAAGGACGGGCAUCGGGGUAUCGGGCCCUACUGGGAGGCUUUGAUUAGUGAUUGGGAGGCGGAUCGCACAUACGAUAUAAUCCGCGAGGGAAUCGAGAGAUACGAGAAACGUGCUCCUGAGACAGCCGCGGAAGAAUCGAAAGCGGCCGUUUUCAGUCAACUGAGAGAUAUUCUGACGUUCGAGUCUGAAACAAUACGAACCCAAACUCAGAGGAUCCAAUUACUUUACGAGGUUACACGAGACUUCGUAAAGAAUGAUAGCAAAGCCAAAAAAUCCCUACCUACUGUCAAGCGAUUAGAGCAUGCAGGCUUGAUCAUAAAGGCCAUAUGCUACCGUCAUCCGAAGAUAGCAUUCGAGCCAUCCUUGGAUGGUAAUGGCAACUUUUAUCAUCCGUCAGCGUUCCAAUUCGCAGUGACAUCAAAAUCCGACUACAUGUUGCAAAUCGUACUGGAUGAGCUCAUGGAUAGCUUUGAGAACGAUAUCAGCGCAAAUUCCAAAAUCAACCCGCAGGGACCCCAAUCGCAAGAUGUCAAUUGUGAAAGCAAGAUGGCAGCGGAAAACGACAUGAGGGAUUUCCUAGAGCUACUACUCAAUACCUCUACUUCUUUACAACCAGAUGUUGUGGCUAGGGUUAUGGAUAUACUCAAGAUGAUGGUGAGCAAAAAUUCAAGUCUCAUCGAUGAGAAAACCUGGGAAAUUGCAGUCACAACGCCAGCACCAGACUUUGUUCGUCUUCUACUCGAGUCAAAAGAUUCAAAAUUUCUCACAAAAGCGCACGCUGCAUUUGUCAUCGAAAAGGGAACUGCGGGGAUGUGGAAUAUGUUUCCAGAGAAGUCUCGCCGCGAAUUCAUUUCCGACCCAGACUGCAGUUUCUUGCAUAAAGCUGUAUCACUGGGGAAAGUGGAUAUGGUAGAGGCACUCCUAGAGCUGGAGCCUACUUUGAUAGAAAUUACGGUGCAAGAGGCGGGAUAUGAAUAUCCCAUACAACAUCUGAAGAAACUUGGGGAAACCCCGAACGCUGAUGGAAAGGGCGAAGAGUAUAAUGCGAUCCGUGAUUUGCUUGUCCACGCCAUGAUUCGAAGCCAAAAUUUUGGACUUCAGAAAAUUCGGGAAACAUUGAAAAAUUCCAACGUGGAGGCCAAGGAAAUGUCAGUCCAAUUCCCGCAGUUCAAGUCAGAUGCGAAGAAUCAAAGCUGCACAGACUACGUUCAGGUGCUGAAGGGAAUGGAUGCCGAGUUCUUCCAGUAUGAGAAACUUCUGAAAUAUGUCAGCUUUCCCGACUUGAGCGGUCAAGCACCAUUUAUGGGCAUUGAAGACUUGAAGCAAGAUCACAGGGAAGUCAAAGACGUUUUUGACUGGUUGAAGAAACGAGGCGUUGAGGAGGUAAUGAGCCUGACGGUAGAAGAUCACCUACAUUGCCCACAUCGUGACGAAGAUGUGGCAAAAUGUGUCAACAAUUUUCGUGUUGGGGUUCUCAAGUGGAAAAAGCGGGACAUAUACCUCACAAACUUACGGAAAGACGCGAUAGAGGAGCUGCAUCUUUGGUCCAGUGGCAAUCAAUCUGUUCACGAUCAGUGGCUAGGCCAAAUACCAAAAUUUAAGCAGGAUGUCCUUAGCCCUCGUCGGAUAAGCGAAGUGAGCAAGCAACUCGAAGAAGACUUGAACAAAUUACAGGGAGAACCUGGCUAUCCAUGGAUAGCUUACGAAGAAGAAGCGAGCGUUGACAGAGAUGGAGAUUUCAAGACCCAGCCUCAGACCAAACCAAGGAUCAAGGUGUCGCAGAUACAAUGGCUUCAACAGCGGGAAAAUAUUAUAUACCGAAGCUUGGACAACAUUUCCUCUGAUCUUGUCGGUCCGCAGUUGGCGGAAUUUGUCAAAAAGUUUUCUAGAUACUACAUGGAGAACCAAGAGACAAAGAAGACAAAGGUGGCCCUGAUUGAUAGUGGCGUUGUUGUCGUCGGAGGGGUGCGCGAUGAUCAUCAUCAUGAAGGUAAGGAAGAGGCAGAGGGCAAGGGAGAGAAAGAAAGGAAAAAAGGAAAGUCAUCUGGAAGCGUCCUGGCGCAGCGGAUUGUUGAAGGCAUCUCGCUUGUCGGCAGGGACAAUGAAGAACAACCGUGGUGGCAUGCCACUGAGCCACACGGCACGCAGAUGGCAACACUGAUUUGCUCCAUAAACCCUUUCUGCGACCUUUACGUUGUCAAAGUGGCCGAGUCAAAUGCGUCUGGAGUAACGGGGCCUAAUGUAGCCAAGGCUAUCGACUGGGCACGAGGUAAAGGGGUGGACGUGAUAUCCCUCAGCCUCGUUGCCUUCUCAGAUCCGGGUAAUGUAAUGGCUCGUGCCAUCAAGUCAGCUAUAGCCGAUGACAUUGUCAUCACUUGCAGCACUGCAGACGAGGGCAGCGUAGCCACUCGCUCGGUAAGCGACAAGAGCGGCGACGUCCUCUCAAUUGCCGCAUGUGAUAAAUGGGGUAACUUACUCCCUCAAAGUCAAAAAACGGGCUUCAAUUACCAGUUUAUUGGUCAUAACGUCCACGUCGGUCAAGUACCUUAUUUGGAAUCUGCCGAGUCUAUUGAGGGGAGCUCGGUCUCAACUGCGGUCGCUGCGGGAAUGGCAUCACUUAUCCUGGCUUGUGCUCGGAUUUCAUCAGAGUUUAGUGACACAGAUUUGGGAAGCAGCCGUCGGCCAACUUGGAGAUGUGCAAUAGUGAAAAAAAUAUUUGAUAGGAUGGCAGGACAGGGGACCUGGGCUGUUUUGGAGAGACUAUGUGGCGAGGGGCAGCUUGAAAAAGAGUAUGACUUUAAGAAGCUGGUGAAUGAAAGCUUCACAGAUUUACUUUUGCUAGGUGGGAAGUAG